CGCGCCACCUCGCGAGCACGCACCGCACCACGCACACCCGCAGCAAACGUCAAAGUCUGUGAAAUUUCUUCUCUCGCGAAAAUGUUGGACUGGAAAUCAUGGGAAAAAAGCGGACGAUCUGAAUUCUUGAAGCACUGCAAGUCACUGCUGAAGGAUGAUCCGGCCAGCAGUCCGCUGUUCGCCAAGGGUGACCGCAAGACGGGUGUUUCCCGGGCCGUGUACGACCUGAUUGCGCACGGCAUCCGCGGCCAGAUCAAGAAGGAGAGCGUCCUGUCGAUGCUGGGCGAGCUGGUCAACCUGCACAGUGACAUUCCGUCGAUUCUGCUGGACAUUUUCGGCAUUUUGGACGCCGAGACGGCUGGGGGAGGCGGAGGAGGAACCGCCGGUGGGGGAAGUGGUGGGGGAACGGCUGGGGGAGGAAGUAGCAAUGGUGGGGGUUCCGGGGAGGGGUCCAGUGAGGAGCGGACCGUGUUCUGUUACAUCGUGAAGGAGUCCGAGCGGUUCCUGUCGGAGAAGCUGCUGAAGGAGCGGCUGGAGAUCGACACGCUGCAGGACGUCGGGACGAUCAAGAAUCGCAGCUUCUACACAAAGUUUAUCAAAGUGAAGACGAAGCUUUACUACAAACAGCGCCGCUUCAACCUGUUCCGGGAGGAGAGCGAAGGAUACGCCAAGCUGAUCACCGAGCUGAACCAGGAGUUUGCCGAGUCGGUGUCGGUGCUGAACGUGCUGGAAAUCAUCAAAUCGCUGAUCGGUUGCUUCAACCUCGAUCCGAACCGCGUGCUGGACAUCAUCCUGGAGUCGUUCGAGCAACGUCCCGAGCACGACAAGAUCUUCAUUCCGCUGCUGCAGGCUUACAUUAACGAUGGGACGAUCAUUUGUGAGGUGUUGGGGUACAAGUAUCGGCACUUUGCGGACGUCAAGACGCCCGAGUCGCUGUUUAAGGUGACGGCGCUGUUGCUGCAGCAUGGCGUCAUUAAGCUGGACGACAUUUACGCGUGGUUGAGUCCGACGGACAAGCUGAUUGUUGGGGAGUGGGAGUCGGAGGUGGCGGACGCGAAGGAGUUUGUGCGGAAGUUGAACGUGGUGUCGACGAACAAGGACAAGGAGCAGGAGCCGGAACCGGAGAAGGAGAUGACGCCAGAACGGUACGCGACCAAUCAGAAGUGGGGUUUGUGCGAGGCGUUGCUGCAUGUCGGCGAUUGGAACACGGCUCAGCUGCUGUUGAAGAAGCUGCCCGAGCAGUCGGUUAUGGUGAAUGAGCCGAUCGCGAGGGCCAUGUGUCGGCUGUUGCACAUGAUCAUCGAGCCGGUGUACCGGUUGAAGUGCGCCCUGCCGUGCAACAUCAAGGGACGACCAAUUAGUAACGGGUUGAGCAAGUUGGCGCCAGCGCCGGUCACGACGAUCGCCAAGCUUCGCAACCACGCUUUCCCGAUGUUCAUCGCGUUGGGACCGUCUCUGCAUUACGACUCAGUUUUGCUGUACAAACUGCUUCGUUUGGUGCGUACCAUCCUGACGGAGAUGAACGUCGAUCCGUCGAAUCCGCCGGCAACGGGUGCGGAGAACGAACUGCUUUACUACGACAUCAUCUCGAUAUUGGACGCGGCCAUUCUGCCGUCGCUCUCGUACAUGGACUGCAACUGUUGCGUGGCGGAGGAGAUCUGGUCGAUCGUGAAGCUGUAUCCGUACCAGUUUCGGUACAGUUUGUACGCGCGCUGGAAGAACGACACCUUUCAGCUGCAGCCGAAGCUGAUUCGACGUCGCGGCAAUGCGCAAAAGCAGAUCAAGGCGUUGAUGAAGCGCGUCAGCAAGGAGAAUAGCAAGCCGGUGGGGAGGUUGAUCGGCAAGUUGAGUCACUGCUCGCCGGGAUUCCUGUUCGACUACAUUCUGCUGCAGAUCCAGAUCUACGACAAUCUGAUCACGCCGGUCGUUGACUCGCUGAAGUACCUCACCUCGCUGUCGUACGACGUGCUCGGGUAUUGUUUGAUCGAGUCGCUCGAGCAGGUCGAUCGCAACCCGAUGCAAAACGACGGGACUUCGUUUUCGAUGUGGCUGCAGAGUUUGGCCAACUUUUGCGGGGCGAUCUACAAGAAGUACAACAUCGAGUUGAGCGGACUGCUGCAGUACGUGGCGAAUCAGCUCAAGUCGCACAAGAGCUUGGACUUGCUGAUUCUGAAGGAGGUCGUGCAGAAGAUGACGGGAAUUGAGGCGGCUGAAGAGAUGACGGCGGAGCAGAUUGGGGCGAUGUGCGGUGGGGAGUUGCUGCGGGGUGAGGCCGGGUACUUUAGCCAGGUGCGGAACACGAAGAAGUCGUCGCAGCGGUUGAAGGAGGCGCUGGCGAGUAAUGAUUUGUCAGUGGCGCUGUGUUUGUUGAUUGCGCAGCAGAAGCACUGCGUGAUUUAUCGGGAGACGGCGUCGAGUCAUUUGAAGUUGGUCGGGAAGCUGUACGAUCAGUGCCAGGACACGCUGGUCCAGUUUGGGACGUUCCUGGGGUCGACGUAUUCGGUGGAGGAGUACGUUGAACGGUUACCGACGAUCCAUAGUAUGCUGCAGGAGUACCACAUUCACUCGGACGUGGCGUUCUUUUUGGCGCGGCCGAUGUUUUCGCACGCGAUAAGUCAAAAGUACGACCAGCUGCGCAAGGCAGACCAAAACUCGAAGAAGCUGUCGACCUCGCAGAAGAUGGUCAAAUAUCUGGAAGCGACGUCGUUCGUGAUGAAUCCGGUAAUCGAGUCGGUUCGUCCGCUGCAUCCGCCCAAAGUCUGGGAGGACAUCAGCCCGCAGUUCCUGGUUACGUUCUGGUCGCUGUCGAUGUACGACCUGCAGGUUCCGGCCGACAGCUACCAGCGCGAGGUCAACAAGCUGAAGCAGCUGUCGCUUGCGGCGAUGGAUUCGAAAGAGCAGAACGCGUCCAAGAACAAGAAAGAACAGGAGCGUUACGUCGCGUUGAUGGAGAAGCUGCAGGACGAGCGCAAGAAGCAGCAGGAACACGUCGACAAGAUCAUGCACAGACUGACGAGCGAGAAGGACUCGUGGUUCCUGUCGCGAUCGGCCAAAUCCGCCAAGAACGAAACCAUCACGCAGUUCCUGCAGCUGUGUCUCUUUCCGCGUUGUACCUUCACCGCCCUGGACGCGCUGUACUGUGCCAAGUUUGUCCACACCAUCCACAGCCUGAAGACGGCCAACUUUAGCACGCUGCUGUGCUACGAUCGGAUCUUCUGUGACAUCACCUACUCGGUCACGUCCUGCACGGAGAACGAAGCGACGCGCUAUGGCCGCUUCCUGUGCGCCAUGCUCGAGACGGUCAUGCGUUGGCACGCCGACCAGACGACCUUCAACCGCGAGUGCUCCAACUAUCCGGGCUUCGUGACCAAGUUCCGUGUCAGCAAUCAGUUCUCCGAGGCGAACGAUCACGUCAACUACGAAAACUACCGCCACGUUUGCCACAAGUGGCACUACAAAAUCACCAAAGCCAUGGUGUUCUGCCUCGACUCGAAGGACUACAUGCAGAUCCGCAACUCGCUCAUCAUCCUGAUGCGCAUCCUGCCGCACUUCCCCGUCCUUGCCAAACUCGCCCAGAUCAUCGAGAAGAAGGUCGAAAAGGUACGCGAAGACGAGAAAAACAAGCGGCAGGACCUGUUCGUGCUUGCCUCGAGCUACAUCGGCCAACUCAAGGCCAAAUCCGGCCAGAUGAUGCGCGAGAGCGACUUCCACCAGGUUGCCGAGAAGCCGGUCAAGGUCGAGUCGCAAGACUCGAAGGCCAUGAACGGCGACAGCAAGGGUGAGCGCAAAGAGAUCAAGAUCGAGAAGAAGAUCAUCGUCACGACGACCAACUCGAGCAGCAGCAAACCCCAACCGAGUUCCACCACCGUCAACAACGGCAACUCGACAAGUUCCACCACCAGCAAGAGUAACAGCAGCAGCAACAACGACGACGUCAAGAUUGUGCUGGAGACGCGCGAGAUCAAGAAGGAGACGCCGCUGCGGGAAUCGGUGCGGGAGUCCAGUAGUGGAGGUGGUGGCGGAAGUGGUUCGAAGGAGAAGUCGUCCAAGGAGAUUAAACGGGAGGAGAGGGCGAGAGAGAAGGAGCGUGAGAGGGAGGAAGCGGCGGCGGAGCGGAAGCGAGAGAAGGAGAAGGAAAAGCGAAGGGAGAAGAGCACGAAAGCCGCUCUACAAGCGGCCGCCGCGGCCGAGUACGAGCUGACGCUCCAGCAACAGCAGCAGCAGCACGAGCGGGAAUCACGGGCCAGCGAGCGUGACCGGGAGCGCGAUCGCAGCGAGCGGGACCUCAGCUCGGUGUCCAACUCGAGCAACGAGCAGCAGUCGCAGUCGCAGCAGCAGCACCGGCGCAGCAGCCAGGACCCGCCGGAACAUGACCGAGAAAUCAAACGUCGCAAAGUGGAAAGCUCCAGCUCCAAGAGCAAACACGUCCUCGAGGACGGCAGUUCCACGGCCACGCUCCAGUCGACCACCUCGUCGUCGUCCGAGUCCAAGAAGGAGCGCAGCAGCAAGACCAAGGACAAGCGCGACCGCACCGAGGAGGAAAAGGAACUCCGCAAGGAGCGCAAACUUCGCGGGAAGAGGGUAAAUAUCCUGGAUCGUGCCGAGGAGAUUAUGCUGGCGGAGAAGCGCCGCCGCGAGGAGGAAAAGGCCGCCAAAUUGCAUCUGCUGAACGGGGAGGACGACCUGACGCCGUCCCAUCGUGACAAGCACCACCAUCUGCGGGAAAAAUCCCCGCAGUUUAGCAGCCGGGAUCACCGGGAGCGUUCGCACGAUCGGCUCGAUCGCAGCGAGAAGCAGUAUCUGACCAAGUCGUCCCGCACGAGGUCCGGAUACUGAGCAACUAUUUUAUUAGAAGUAGUAACAAACACACAGAAAUCAUUAUUUUCUAGAUGACAGAGUAGUAGAGUACACAAACAAACAGAAAUCUGCUAACUUUACAGACGAAUGAAAUAACCUUCCAUCGUAUUUUUUUUUUAUUUUGCUUGGAAUGACCCACAUUUUUUUUAGUUCAAACAUUUACACUUUAACAGUUGUCGGUAAUAUUUUUUUUUUGCACUAAAGAUGACCUCUUAAGUAAGCAAAUUCUCAGAACGGAACAGUUCAAACAGCCCUUUAUUUGUGUUAAGUAACCUCUACGACCAGCAGUAGCAAUAGCAUCAGUAGCAUCAGGAAUGAAAACAACAAAAUCGAAUACAAUCUACCCGCGGCAGACUUUGCUUAGCUGUUGAGUGCGAGACUGUGUGUGAAUGACGAAUGACGAGAAACCAAUUGUGUGACUGCAAACAAAGAAUCAUUUACAUUUUGAGCUGUGUAGUAGAUGUCAAUUUUCAUUCUUUCUUUUCUUUGCUGUUCAUUUUUCGGAAUCAUUCAAUCAGAAACAAAAAUAAAGGAAAACCAACGCAGACGUAAACAUUG